AUGAAUUUGCCAAGUCCUAUUCAAGAUGAAAGAUAUUUCAAAUGGGAUAAAAAUUUAUUACUUUCAGCAAAAUUAUUGUCAAAUCGGUCUAUGAAAAAAGCUGUUGAGGAAGCUGUGGCUGUUGCAAAUGUCACAGAAUUAAUGGUUAGUGGAGAUGGAUUUUGGCAGAUCCGAGGUUUCAACAGUAGACAUGGUGCAGCAGCUAUUCUUUCUUGUAAAACAACACUAAAAGUACUUGAUAUUGACACAUGCAGUAAAGCAUAUGCACUUGGUAUUAACAAAUCUGAUCCAUCUAAAUAUAAUAGUAUUAUUAGAUCACGUUGGUGUGAAAAAAACUACAACAAAAGUUCCGGUACAAUAGAAACUGAUGCUGUUCUUAACAUGUUCAAACGAUCAGUUUCUAAAUAUGGAAUUUACUACACAGGUUACGCUGGUGAUAGUGAUCCAAAAACAUUUACUAUUCUUUCUAAAACAACAUCAUAUCCAGGUGUAAUAUAA